CAAUUCUGCAAGCGCAUUUUCUACUUUUGAUCCUUUGUACAGGAUACUAAAAUAUAUAUAACCCGAGGGCGGUGUUUUCCGCCACUCUUCUCGACUGCGUCAAAACACCGCGCGCCGUUUGGCCGGUUCGGCUUGAUUAGGCUCUGGCAUGCUCUGAAUCACCGACAUAGUAACUAAUAAUCCUCGAGAACCCCCAUGUAAUCAUGGAUCUCACAUCUCAUCACGUCAAUUACUUAAUAUGGAGGUAUCUCCAAGAAUCCGGACACGGUGAUGCAGCCGUGACCCUACAACGGGCAUGGAUCCCCAAUCCACAAAAUUUACCUUUUGCAUCUCAUAUCAAAACCCAUGCUCUCGUCUCCCUAGUACAAAAAGGGCUACAAUAUCACGAAAUCGAACAGUCCCUCGACCAGGAUGGAAACCCAGUUCCCUUCACGCCGUCUAAAUAUUUCUUUGGACCAUCACCGUUUGAUCCGGACUCCCUUAGGAGCCGCGAAGAGUAUGGCCAGGUAAAUGGAGGCAUUAGCCCCAAUAUUGUAGCACCCUCGUCUCCAGGAGACAAGCCUAUUCGCGACAGCGCCACUGUUAACGGCCACCUAGCCGUGGAAUCUACGAUACCGGUACUCAAUGUAAAAAAGGGUCGCAAAGCCGACCGACCCGAGACCAUCAUAAACGGAGAAGAUGGCGCAAUGGAAAUCGAUUCCAAUGGUGCUGCUCAUGAUCGCAUUUCGGCUACGCCUGCAUUGAAAUCACCAUCGCCAGGGGAUACGCUGGAUGCAAACGGAGACGUGGACAUGAAUUUAGAGCCAUCGGCAGAACCAGAGCUUGACGAACAAGAGCGUCUUACAUACACUUUAACAACAGGCAAAAGCGUCGGCGUGCAGAUUGUGCCCGCCAAGGCCGCUGACCUGACUUCAAACACGUUAAUCAUCGACCUGAAUAUUCCCCGAAAUGAUCAUGUGAUGCGAUGUGCUUGGCGUCCAAAUGACCCCUCGAUGUUUGCUGCUGCUGGAGAUUCAUUCUGCGAUCUGUGGAAAGUCCCUUCACCGGCUUCCUCGACGUCGCCGACUUGCGAGAAAAUCUACGAUAGCAAAGGCGACGGAAGUUGGGUCACUGCCCUCGCUUGGGAGCCCUCAGGUCGCAAGCUGGCCGUUGCAACCUAUAACGAGAGACGUUCGUCGAUACAAAUGUACGACAGCAGCGGUAACGUGGUAGACUUACUGCCGACAGCACAGGGUAUGAUAAAUGGGCUUUAUUGGGCACCCAACAAUCCAUACAUAGUCGUCGUGGCUUCGAACGGUGAGAACUCCGAACUCUCACUAUGGGACGAUUCGAUUAAACCUGAGGAAUAUCCGCCCUACCAAGCCAUCGAUGGGCUUGUUCAUGAUAUCACAUGGGCUGGUGAUAACAAGGUGUUUGCUUCUGGAGAGGGAUUAGUCUGGCAAUGCGAAAUUGAUUCUAGCAUUCAUAUCGUGAACAAAUUCGAAUCUCAAAACACCAAUACAGAGUGGUCAUUUAUACGUGGGGGGCAAAGGGGAUCCGCCGCUGUAGCUGUGGCAGCAGCCUCCUCUGUCGCUACGCUCUGGAUACCCACACAUGAUAUUCUUGUUGAAGAUGCACAUCGCGCGGACAUCACAGCCAUUGAACUUCAACCAGAACCCCAAGGCCAGAAUGUGCAAAUGUCUACGUCUUUUGUAUUUGCAUCCGCUUCUAUCGAUGACACUGUCAAGGUAUGGGAUGUAAAUCUUGAAACGAAGAAAAUCACGUGUCUCCAUACAUUGUUCUUGUCCCCAGGGGUACCUGCGCUGGCGCUAGCUUUUUCACCCGACGGAUAUCUAGUCUCUGCAGCUAGUACGGAUAGGCUCUUCAUAUGGAAUACGGAACGUGGAGGUGAGCCGCUUGCUACUUGGGCGGCAAGUUCUUCGCCAACCGUAAAAGAAGAAGGGUUGGAGAAAACGAACGGCGAAAACGGCUCGCGGGAGACGCCAACUUACCGUAGUCUUUCCUGGGAUACAGACGGCAAAAAGCUCAUUAUGGGCUUUGGGAAGAAGAUGGCGAUUAUAAGCCCCCAAGGGCGAACAUUGAACGCAUCUGACUGAUAUCUACAUUGAGAUGAUAUCCUGGAAUCUACAAUUUCGGAGGUUUUGCGAGAUAGAUGCCUAAAAAAGGUUCAAGAUCCGCGCCAUGAUUAGCUGGAAGUUAUUGCAAUAGGGGUUCAUUUGUUAG